CAGUACACUCUACUACCGGCUGACUACGGGUAACGGGCACGCUACCGGCCUACCGGUCUGCGAUGAAAAAGGAACUAAACAAGCGUGCAGUGUUCGCACGUGUGAGUAUGUGUAGCCGUUCCAGUAGUUGUGCUAAUCUUGUGCCGCUUAAACAGCACUAAAGAAAUGCCGAAAUCUACCCGGUUUGGCGCGCACCGGUCGUCCGAUUCAACGGAACUACCCAACCUAAUGUCGUCCUUCGGGAACUUUCGUUCUCCCUCGUUCACCAAUGGUACGUUAUCGAAGUUUCUGCCGGGCACAGCCAAGCCGUGCACUUCGUCACCGCCGUCCGAGGAUUGCUGGCUCUGCAAAGAAGUGAACCGAUGGAACUCCGCUCUGGCCUCUCUCUCACUUGAACUGACAGAGGAAGAGCCCGGACGCUUGUGCCUGCGCACUUCACGCGACGCCGACCGCUACCCAGACUUCUUCGCACCCUUCAUACCCUGUGACACGGUCUUUCUUCUGGCGUGCCUUGCCCGCCAGCACGCGUGUAUCAAGCGGCUCAGCGUUUACGGCGGCGUGUUUGGAUGUCAACAAGUUCCAACGUCUGAACUGCUAAAGCUGCGACCGGGUAGCGCCGUCGAGUGCAUAGAGAUUUCCGGAUGCGCGGCUCGUUCUUGGACUGCAUUGUUGAACACUGUCGGUGACGUAUGCUCUUUAAGGAUCCUGCGCAUCGAGGACUUUGUCGUCAACGCCGACUCUACGUCGCGGCUCGUGGAACUCAUCCAGGCGAAUAAAGGAUGUCUGCGGGAACUCUCCUUCUCCGCGCACGAUGCGCCAUCCGAGAUCCCGGUGGAGUUGAUUAGCGCCCUAUACCGGUGCGAAGCCCUGACAGAGCUGUCGCUAUACGGACAGCCGACGCUAGAGGCUACCACUGCACUGGAACAACUCAUGCAGUCGAACGAAUCUAUCCAGAAGCUAUCUCUUCAAGACGAUACCCAAGACCAACGCAUCCUAAAUGCGCUAUGCAAUGGCCUGAGUGCAAACCUCUCUCCCACGGAGCUGCACUACGAAUGCGCAAGCCUGAACUUCGGACAGCUGCUGCAACUGCUUAAGCGCUAUAGCAGGCUCGAGUCUCUGGUUCUAAGCAGCAACGGGAACAGACCAAUGCGGUUGGAAAAGCACCAUGGCAUGUCAUUGAACACGCUCCUGGUGCACAGUGCUGGACUUCGCAGCUUGGAGGUUCGUCACUGCGCCUGGACAAGUCUUGCCGCCGAAGAAGUCGCUGCCGGAUUGGCACGUAACAGCUGCCUCGAGCGCUUCGAUGUAUCUCGGUGUGACCUCGACUUUGGCAUAGUGCUGACGCUAUGCAGCGCGCUUGAAACCAACGAUACCUUGAAGAUGCUGGUGUUUAGCCCCGACGAUGACUUCCUGCAUGAGCCAGUUGGUUUGUCUGAAAAGCUGGUGUCUGCCAAAUGUUUUGCCCGCACGACGACAACUUGGCCCAAGGCAUACACUCCGGCCCUCACUGAAGCCUUAAAGGUGCCCAUGCUAUGUCCAGAGGAGCUGCACCUCUCUGCCUUCGGGUCUUACAACGGCUCUUUUCAACUAUGCAAAGCGCUCGGUAACAGCACCAUCAAGUGCCUCUUCGUUAAAUUCUCCAAAUGCCGGAUCAGCCAGGUGCGAACAUUGCGCGGAGCACUCGCUGCCAGCCAAGUGCAAACAUUGCACGAAGCACUUGCUGCCAACUCCUCCAUCAGGAAGCUUGUAUUGCAGGAGGACAGCACAUCCAUUGGCUGCUGUUUUACUGUGGCUGAAGCUCUGAAGAAAAACAGAACAGUGACCGAAAUUUCUCUCAGCAUCCACGAGCUGAACUACUACGGUGUAGAAAGUCUCGAGUCGGUGGCUCUUGCCAGUGAUGCCUUGGAGAAGUUGACGCUAAACUGUAUCUAUGUGGUGCAGAGAUGCGUGUAUGUCAUGCGCGACCUUUGCCCCUCACUGACCUCUGCUGGCACGCUAAAGGGUUUCUCCAUAUUCAAUGAGAGGUGCUGCACUGAACAUUUAGUCGCUAAACUCAAGCACUGCGUGGAUCAGAACAGGAGAAAAUGGAACUGUGCCCUUCAUUUUGUGCUCAACCCCUGCGUCAGCAAGCGCUGGGCAGUGGCGUUCGAGUCACUGCAGGAAAAACCUUGUUUCCUCCAGCGCGUCACGAGAGCCUUGGGAAAGUCGUCGCAAGAUGCAUCGAGAAUGAUCAGAUUGGCAAAGCAUUUCAUAGCGAGAAACUACCUUUUAGUAACUGGAGUCGUCUCGCAAGGCGUCGCAUGCCAUCCUCACCUGGAGACUCAGGUAGACAGCCUGAACAGUGACUGCUGGCUUACCAUUGGAGAGUACCUAAGAGUGCUUGAUGUGGUCGACGACAGUUCCGAAAGUUGGUGCUAA